AUGGAAGAGGUGGACGUCCAAAUGCGCUCACACCAUUCACCCGCGCCUUUGCAAGAGCUGCCGACGUGGGAGGAGGACUAUUCUCUGAUAGCCAGCACCGCGCGAGGCGCACUCUCCUUCGAACACGGCGCCUGGCGACUUCUCGCCACGUUCUCAACGCCCAGGCUACCCAAUGCGCUCAGCAAUGCGAUGGAGCUUGCGGCCAGCGGCAGACGAGCGCCCGUGCUUCCCGGGCGAGAUCGCCGACUCGCAAUUUCCGGCCUCCAUGCUCAUCAGGAUGACGACUGGAAACCUGCUUCGCGAAGUGGGAGUUCGAUGUUGGUCUGA